AUGCGCAAAGAUAGCAGGACUGCGGAGAGCCCAGUGCCGGACAGCCACUUCCAGCCUCGAGGGAAGACAGACAGCCCCCGAGCCCCGACUGCCCCGGGAGCAAAGGCUAGGCGGGCCUCGGGGGAUUCUGGUCCGACUCCACCCCGGCUCUCCGGAACCCUGGGAACGCAGAGCAGCGGGCGGGGCGCAUGCGCGCCUCCGGCCAGGGUCCCUCCCCAGCCCGCCGAGUUUGGGGAAAGUUUGGCGAGGUUUGCCUUGGCAGCGGCGGAUGUCCCAAAGGCCGAGUUGCCCUGGGGAUGCGACCAGGAGGCCCCCGGAGUCCCGGGAGCCGGCUCGGCGGGGGCCCGAGGGCUGAAAGGCGGCAGAAGGUGGGGAAAGGGAGGCCUUUUGUGUGUGGCACAGGAGAGUCGCUUGCGCACAAACGCAGCAGCGCGCUCCGCCGCCGCCUCAGCCUCCGCCGCUGCACCUCCGCCUCCGAGGCGCUUCAUUACAGCCGAGCCCUUCCCCCGCCUUCCCCCGGCCCCGGCCUUUGUUCGGCUUGAAAGUAAUGCUGUGAAUUAA